CGGAGAGAAGUUCCGACCCACCGCAGCAGGCAGCUGUUGCUCGCGCUCGGCACCGGGGGGGGUGGGCUCUGGCUUGGACCGAAACACGACUCGUGGCCGCCAUUUUCACGCCGCUGACUGUGUGAGUGUGAGUGAAGCGACUUUGGCAGGCGUCCGUCGGCGGACGAGGCUCCCCGCCCACCCGCCUCUCCUGCACCUGGGGCCGAACAAGUCUGUCUACAUUCGGCUGGGAACUUCCGUUUGACUUGCAGUGGAGAUUUGUGACGCACUUUGCCGCCACGGAGGAGGAGUGACAGAACCUGGCCCUGCAGCUCGGAUGUCCUCUUUAGGAUGGCCCGCGGACACUGACCCACUGAAACCCUCGACAGCCUCCAGCCUCGGCGGCGCCUCUCGCUUCGGUGGUCAUCAUGUCUCACGACAGGGAGGACGGGUUCCUUGGCCCCGUCCUGGCUGCGCCGCCGUGUCCCUCACCUCUCACCCCUCACAAGAACCUGACCAGCCUGUCCAACUCCGACUCGCUGGUGGCUGAGAAGCUGGAGCCGCAGGAGGUCCGGCGGCGCCGCCACACGCUGGACCGGGACUCCAGGACGGCCGAGCAUCGCUUCUUCCGCCGCAGCGUGAUCUGUGACUCCAACGUGACGGCGCUGGACCUGCCGAGCAAAGGUGCCGUGAGCCUGGCGUCCCCGCCCCUGACUGUCCGUCCUGCUCUGGCACCGGAACCCCAGGGCCGGCCUGAAGCAGGUGCCUCUGUCUGCCAGAGCGGCGUGGAAGGCGCUGAGGUGGGGCCGGUGGAACGGCCCCGGAGCGAUGGGACGGCGCCGCCUGGGUCUGGAGACCCAGCGGAGGCUGUCGCGGCGAGCCCGCCAGCAAUGGCCCGGGCGGAGCAGCGCGAGGCGGAGAAGAGAGUCCAGGAGGACAACGAGGAGGUGGAGACCAAAGCGGUGGGGACGUCACCUGACGGAAGGUUCCUCAAGUUUGACAUCGAGAUCGGAAGAGGGUCCUUCAAAACCGUCUACAAGGGUCUAGACACCGAGACCACGGUGGAGGUGGCCUGGUGCGAGCUGCAGGACCGGAAGCUGUCCAAGUCGGAGCGCCAGCGCUUCAAGGAAGAGGCGGGAAUGUUGAAGGGGCUCCAGCAUCCCAACAUCGUCCGCUUCUACGACUCGUGGGAAGGUCCGUGUAAAGGACGCAAGUGCAUCGUCCUGGUGACCGAGCUCAUGACCUCGGGGACGCUGAAGACCUACCUCAAGCGCUUCAAAGUGAUGAAGAUCAAAGUGCUGCGGUCCUGGUGUCGUCAGAUCCUGAAGGGGCUCCACUUCCUGCACACCCGCACCCCCCCCAUCAUCCACCGGGACCUCAAGUGCGACAACAUCUUCAUCACCGGUCCCACCGGCUCGGUCAAGAUCGGGGACCUGGGUCUGGCCACGCUGAAGAGGGCCUCCUUCGCCAAGAGCGUCAUCGGAACCCCGGAGUUCAUGGCUCCAGAGAUGUACGAGGAGAAAUACGACGAGUCGGUGGACGUCUACGCCUUCGGCAUGUGCAUGCUGGAGAUGGCCACGUCCGAGUACCCGUACUCCGAGUGCCAGAACGCCGCGCAGAUCUACAAGCGUGUCACCAGCGGAGUGAAGCCUGGAAGCUUUGACAAAGUAGCAAUCCCUGAGGUCAAAGAGAUCAUCGAUGGCUGUAUCAGGAGCAAUAAAGAUGAGAGGUACUCCAUCAAGGUGCUGCUGAACCACGCCUUCUUCCAGGAGGACUCGGGGGUCCGAGUGGAGCUGGCUGAAGAGGACGAUGGGGAGAUGGUCGCCAUCAAGCUGUGGCUGCGGAUAGAAGACGCCAGGAAGCUCAAGGGGAAGUACAAAGACAACGAAGCCAUCGAGUUUUCCUUCGACGUGAACAAGGAUGUUCCUGAAGACGUUGCUCAGGAGAUGGUGGAGUCGGGCUUUGUUGCCGAGGGCGACCACAAGACCAUGACCAAAGCCAUCAAAGACAGGGUUUCUCUGAUCCUGAGGAAGCGACGGCAGCAGGAGGCCACGCCCACUCAGCCACAGUUGGAGGCUGAAGACACAGACGGGGAUCAGCCAGCCGCCGCCUCCCUCAGUGCUGAAGGGGGCGCUGACAGCGGCCAGGCCUCCUCCCUGCUGUCACCAGAAUCCUGCGCCCCGCCCCAGCCUUCAUGUGGUCGCAGUCGCAGCCUGUCUGUGUGUUUCCCUCCUGUCUCCCUCGCGCUGCACCCCACCCCUCCCCCGUCCUCGCCAUCAUCCUUCGCUGGCCGCCUGUCUAAAGCCCUGGAGUCGGUCUCGUCCCUGAAGGUGGGACCUUCUGUGCCCAGAUCCAGGCAGAGGAGGUCCAGCCUGCCCGUGGUGGUGGCGCCCCCUUUGCUCCGCCCGGUCACUGCAGGAGCUGGCAGCGUGGAGAGCCCCGCUCCCCUCUUCCCCCCCAUCCCUGAGCGGCCACUCUGUUUCUCCCCCCCGCCCGCCCCCCCUCCGAGGGCCUACAGUGGCCAGAGGCGCAAGAGCACGUCAGUUCUGGAGGCUCCCACGCGGCACCUCCAGCCGCACUACACGCUGCUGCACCCUGGUGCCGGCGUGGAGGCGCUGGACAGCCCCACGCUCUUCAGGCCGUACGUGCACCCGGGACCGGAGGACAUGGUCAGGAGACUCAGUCUCAGUCAGGCCGCUCUGCUGGGGUACCCCCUCCCCACGCACCCUCUGGCCCAGCUGACCUUUCACCUCCAGAGAUCCGGACUUCUGGAGCCUGGCCUUCAAGCACAGACAGGCUACCUGCACUCCCACCUGCUCCAGAGGCUGACCCCCCUGUGUGGCCCCCCAGACUGCUGCUAUGGUCCGGCCCCCCCCGCCACCUCCUUAUCCAUGCCACCAGCCGAGGCCCCGCCCCCUGCACCUGUGGUCAGCAACCCCAGUGGUCUGGCGUCUCGACUGCUCCCAGCCCGGCGGGGCUCGAAGGACCAACCUGUGGAGGAUGCCCUGGGUCCGGCCCGCCUGCAGCCUGUCACAGAGGAGCUGUGGUCUCAUGUGGGCUCAGAGCGUUGGGUCCCUGCUGUCAGUGGCUGGGUGGACUCGCCUGAGCCAUACUGCCACGACUGCUGCCUCCGCCACGCCCCGCUGCAACCACCAGCCUCUGAGCCAGAGGCCCCGGGCCCCGCCCCCCUGCCACCACACUUACCACCGGCCUCUGUGGGCCCCAAGCCUGCAGGCUCCUCCUCCUCCACCCUCCUCCAGCUCCUCCCCCCCUCAGCAGUCGGCUGUGGCUCCUCCUCUUCCUCGCCUCUCCGUUGCCAUGCCGACGGCCUCUCCUCCUGUCUCCCCGGUGGGGGCGGAGUCUGUUUCUUCUUCUCCUGCACCCGUCAUCAGUGUAGUCCCACCCUCGGACCCCUGUGCCCAGUGGUGUCAGCCCUCGGACUCCGCCUACGUUCAGCUUCAGCCUCCGCCAGCCCAGUCUUCAGUGGAGAGGUCCUCCUCACGCACACACACACUCACACGCACGUCCCGCUGCACUCCAACACUCACACUGGUGUGUUCGCCAGCGGCCAGUCGGAGGCGUCGGGGCUGAGCGACGGGAACGAGGGUCAGGAGGGUCGCUCGCUCAGGAGGCCCCAGAGACGGUCAGCGAGGAGCCGCUCGCGCCAGGAGCAGCUCUGCAGAGCCAAGCUCAACGUGCUGAGCAUCUGCAGCUGCGGUGACCGCGUGGCCGAGUGUCAGCUGGAGACGCACAACAGCAAGAUGGUGACCUUCAGGUUUGACCUGGACGGAGACAACCCGGAGGAGAUCGCCCAGAUCAUGGUCCAGAGCGGGUUCAUCCUGGAGACCGAGAGAGACUCGUUUGUCGAGCAGGUCCGGGAGGUCAUUGAGAAGGCGGACGAUUCGGUGCAGAUGAUGGCGGCUCGCGGGGACCAGAAGAUCCCCACCAUCCUGCUGCCGCUGCACGACACGCCCCCGAGUGGCGCCGCGCAGGUGGUUCACUCGGCGGGUCGCAAAUUCAUCGUGAGCCCCGUCCUGGAGCCGCGGCCGCGGGGGCCCGGAGGAGCGGACACGCCUGGCUCUGGAGCGGCUGAGGGUCCAGGUCCGGAAGGGUCUCAGCCCCAGAGCUCCUCGGCUCAAAGUCCGUCCCUGUCAGAAGUGGCUGAGCCUAAGAUCCCAAGCAGCUCCAGCCCCACCCCUCCGGACCCUGCCGGGCCUGACCGUGGUGCGGAGGGGCAGCCGGGUCCUGGUCCAGCCUCCCCCGCCCCUUCUCCCGCCCAGGUGUCCUCUGAUCCCAGCCACGCCCCAGAACUUCCGCCGAGCCCGCCCUCGUCCUGCUCCUCGGACGUGUCCAUGGCUCCUCCCCACUGUGAGGACUGCGAGCCCAGGUGCGAAGAGUCGGCUGAGUCUCCCGAGAAACCCGACGACAUUCAGACUCUGGAGAAGAAGCUACGCUCCUUGUUCAUGGACCCGGGCGGGGCGGGGGCCGGCCUGGUCUCCGGAGAACCCCCCGCCGAACCCUCCUCCCCUGCAGCUCCUGGCUCUACCUCUGUCACACACGUUACCUCGCCGACCCAAGCUCCGGAAGCUGUGGGGUCCACUGCCACGGCGGCCGGUGGGACGCCGACCUCCGUCCAGAACACUCCACCUCGAGCCCCCCUGACCAGAGCCCCAGUGAGUUCUCCUGCUGAGCUGCUGCCCCCCGUCACUGGACCUCCUCUCAUUCAGCAGCCUCUGGAAGAUCUGGACGCCCAGCUGAGGAGAGCUCUGAGUCCAGAGCCUGUCAGCACACACACACAGGGUCUCAGCAGCCUCUCGUCUCCGGAGCAACCAGAGGAGGACUCACCGGCUCCUCCAGCGGUUCCUCCCAUGGUUCCACCACACGUUCCUCCUGGAGGAGUCAGACUGGGAAGGUUUCAGGUGUUGUUAGCCACUGAGGAGCGAGUGCAUCCUGCCUGCUCCUCCUCCACCUCCUCCUCUUCCUCCUCCUCCUCACUCUCUAGUCCGGAGAGCACGCUGCACAAGGAGUCUUGGUCUCCUCGCAGGACAGCAGGAGGUGGAGUGACGCUGGAGAAGUCACAGAAGAGCCCAGCACACCUGCCCCCUCCCUCCAGACAGCCCACCACCAUCGGCCGUUUCCAGGUGAGCUCCAGCCAGGAGGCCCUGGUGGGACGCUUCUGCGUCAGCCGGGCUGAGGGGCCAGCUCCUGCUGCCCAGAGCACAGGAGCUUCCAACGGUCUGGACAGUGGAGAUGGUGUCCGCCCUGGUCCAGACCUGUCCGCCAGAGCUUCUCAAGCAACUCCCAACAGCUCCUAUCCCAGCAGCGACAACGACUCGGACUUGGAAGAUGACGACCUGAAGAGAGAAGUGAACCGCCUGAGAGACAAACACAUGCGUGAGCUCCAGGCUCUUCACUCCCGUCAGAAGGAGGAGAUCGAGCUGGUGUUCACCCGAGCUGGAAAGGUUCCUCCCGUCACUGUCCUGCCUCCCACCUCUGCCCUCUGUAGGAGGAGACGACCCACCAAGACUAAGUCUUCCAAGUCUGCCAGGACCGCCCGAAGUCCUCAGCAGCAUCCAGGUCUCCCAGGGCUCUUGACACUUACCGGCCCAGGUGACCCAGGAGGCUCCGCCCACCAGCCAUCAAGCUCUUUUGUCCAUAAGGUGGUGCUCCCCCUCCCCCGCCUGUCUGCUCCUCUCUCAGGUGAACGUUCAAGAUGGAGGACGCCUCCAUCCUCUCAUGUUCUCUCUCAACCCCAAGGUUGGAAACAGUCGGGUUCUGUUCCUAGUCAGUCCAGCAGGAGAACCUUCUCACUGAGUCGCAACCUUUGGAAGUUGGUGAAGAACGUUUUUCCCUGCAGCCAGCUUUGUAGGAGCAGCAGCUCAGGUGUGGUCUGUGGCCAGGUGGGUCGAGCUCAACACCAGAAGAAGGUCAGCGCUGCCGACCUCCCUGAGGUGGUGGACACUCGGACCGGAGGCGCCAUCGACUCGUCGCAGGUGGUCCAGUCACACUCUGGAGGCUGCGACCCGUCCAGGGCUCCCUCCCAGCCACUGCAGAUCCUGCGGGUCCUGCCAGCCCAUGGGGCGCAGUGGUCAGGACCUUCCUGAGCAGAGACCUCAACCCCUCAGUGUGCUACACCCAAGGACAUUCAGGUCUCCCCAAGACAGAGCUUCUGCCUGGUGACCCCGAACCCUAACCUGUGUGGGACUGGAGACAGCUCUGGACUGUACCAGGAGAGUCACCCUCCUCUUCCGUCCUCCUCCAUCUUCUCCACCCUCUUCCUCCAUCAUCUCCACCCUCCUCCUCCUCCGUCCUCCUCCAUCUUCUCCACCCUCUUCCUUCACCCUCUCCACCCCCCUCCUCCUCCUCCGUCCUCCUCCAUCUUCUCCACCCUCUUCCUCCAUCAUCUCCACCCUCCUCCUCCUCCGUCCUCCUCCAUCUUCUCCACCCUCUUCCUCCAUCAUCUCCACCCUCCUCCUCCUCCGUCCUCCUCCAUCUUCUCCACCCUCUUCCUUCACCCUCUCCACCCUCCUCCUCCACCCUCUUCCUCCAUCAUCUCCACCCUCUCCACCCUCUUCCUCCAUCAUCUCCACCCUCCUCCUCCAUCAUCUCCACCCUCUUCCUCCAUCAUCUCCACCCUCUUCCUCCAUCAUCUCCACUCUCCUCCUCCAUCAUCUCCACCCUCCUCCUCCAUCAUCUCCACCCUCUUCCUCCAUCAUCUCCACCCUCCUCCUCCAUCAUCUCCACCCUCUUCCUCCAUCAUCUCCACCCUCCUCCUCCAUCAUCUCCACCCUCUUCCUCCAUCAUCUCCACCCUCUCCACCCUCUUCCUCCAUCAUCUCCACCCUCUUCCUCCAUCAUCUCCACUCUCCUCCUCCAUCAUCUCCACCCUCCUCCUCCAUCAUCUCCACCCUCUUCCUCCAUCAUCUCCACCCUCCUCCUCCAUCAUCUCCACCCUCUUCCUCCAUCAUCUCCACCCUCGUCCUCCAUCAUCUACACCCUCCUCCUCCAUCAUCUCCACCCUCCUCCUCCAUCAUCUCCACCCUCCUCCUCCACCCUCCUCCUCCAUCAUCUCCACCCUCCUCCUCCUCCUCUCCUCUCCUCUCCUCCUCCUCCAUCAUCUCCACCCUCCUCCUCCAUCAUCUCCACCCUCCUCCAUCAUCUCCUCUCCUCCUCCUCCAUCAUCUCCACCCUCUUCCUCCAUCAUCUCCACCCUCCUCCUCCAUCAUCUCCACCCUCCUCCUCCAUCAUCUCCACCCUCCUCCUCCUGUUGUUUACAAGACUCCAUGAGCACA